AAAUAUUGUCAAUCUCCAUCAUGGCCCCUACAGAGUCCAAGAAGCGCCUCGCGCUGGCUAUAAUUGAUUUUCUUAACACCAGCGUCAAGGAUGGCACGCUCACGGCAGAUGACGCCGAAUCUAUUGAGAUUGCCCAGUCAUGCAUUGCGGAUACGUUCAAGGUUGAUCCGUCUGACGAGGCUGCUAUGAAGGAAGCGUUAGGCGGACAGUCCCUUGCCAGUAUCUACAGCGUCUACGAAAAGUUGCGCAACAAGUCCUCUGCCGGUUCCCCCAGCACAGAGCCUCAGACUGAGAAGAAGCCCCAGGCUGGUGCUCCCACCCCCGAGUCCGACAAGCUGAAGUCCGAGGGUAAUGCCGCCAUGGCUCGUAAGGAGUACAGUGUUGCUAUCGAUCUUUACACGAAAGCUCUCGCUAUCGCCCCUGCCAAUCCCAUCUACCUUUCUAACCGUGCUGCUGCCUAUUCCGCAUCAGGACAGCCCCAAAAGGCCGCGGAGGAUGCAGAGCUUGCCACUUCUGUUGAUCCCAAGUACUCCAAGGCGUGGAGCCGACUGGGUCUUGCUCGAUUCGAUCUGGGUGACUACCACGGAGCGAAGGAGGCCUAUGAACAUGGUAUCGAGGCCGAAGGUAAUGGUGGAAGCGAGGCGAUGAAGAGGGGCUUGGAGACUUCCAAGAAGAAGAUUGAAGAGGCUAGCCGCGGUCCUGAGCCUCCGACGGAGUCCGUUGAUGAUGCACCUGGAGCCUCGCGCGGCGGCAGCGGUGGCAUGCCUGAUCUUUCUUCCCUCGCUAGCAUGCUCGGCGGUGGCCGAGGUGGUGGUGGCGGCGGUGGCAUGCCUGAUCUUGGAUCUUUGAUGAACAACCCCAUGUUUGCCAGCAUGGCUCAAAACAUCAUGAGCAACCCUGAUAUGCUCAGCAAUCUGAUGAACAACCCUCAACUGCGACAGAUGGCAGAGAAUUUUGGCCAAGGGGGUGGCAUGCCGGACAUGGCAAGCUUAAUGAGCGACCCGAACAUCGCAAAUAUGGCGCGUAAUCUCAUGGGUGGUGCCGGACGUGGUGGAUCCCAAUAGUCUGUGCACUCGUUCUAUUGUUUAAUACCUGCGCUGACGCCCGACCUUUUUUUCUUUUCGAUCUGAAAUUGUCUCGGUACAUGUGUUUAAAGUAUGACUAUGAUAUUGAGAAGCAUAUAGAUAUGGCCAUUAGCCGCCUUCUAAUGAUUCAACUCUCAAUUCCACUUCAUUGAUAUAUCUUGUAACUUAUAUUUGUGUAAGAAAUGCAGAAAAUUGACAUGCUGGACCAAGGGGCCUUAUGCAAAAGUGAUAGAGGAGUGGAGGAUGGAUGAAGUUGGCCAAAAAAAAAAACACCAUGCGCCACAAGCCAAAGCAGAUGAAAUAUGAGUUCAACACGUUUCGGCACAUCGUCAAAUAGAUACAAGUAUCUCGUUUGAACUGCCAACAUAUUAAAAUAAAUAGAAAUACACGUCUUCCACAACUGGCAUAUAAUCAAGAAUCAUGGAAAGAUACCCAUACCGAACGGUUACUAAAACAUAACAUGAAGCGCCAGUCCAACUGGCCUCUAUUCGAAUAGGUAAUAUAGUACAGUCGGAUAUAUCAGACAUUCGAGAAGUGGAGUAAUGGGAGGGAGUCCGGAAAAAAAGGCUGUGGUAGUAUGUCAUCAAAGUUCGGAGGAAGCGGCAAUAAUGUUCGCGAUAGAAGUAAUCAACGCUGUUCGUUUAGAUGUAAUCCCGAGCAGCCUUCUGGAGCUCGAUCAAUCUCCAGCCCUUGGUCUCGGGGUUGUUCACAUCUUCAGGGAUUCGGGUGAGACCCAUGACAUAGUUAACCAACUGAACCUUGUCCUCCAUCCCAGCGGCGAGCUCAUUUGUUUUGACGUUUCUGUAAACAUGGACUUCUUGCGUGCGACACAUAACCACGAAAACGGGGAUAUCACCGGGGUCCAGCAUACGGGCGCUCAUGACAUCAACUCCGCGGAUAUCAAGGAUACGACCAUCCGACUUCAGACCUGCUGUGGUGAUCUGUUUUGUGAGAGCUUCAUAAACGUGGAACUGAGCGUCUGAGAGCCAAAGCUUGAGUGUUUCGAUAUCUCCCUUAACGUAAGCAUCCAGCACCUCGGGAAGGAUGUAUUCACGCAUCUCCCGCAGGAACGCUUCCAUCUGGAAGUUCGGGUCCAUUUCUCGGAACUUCUUGACUACCUGCGCAGUUUCGUUCUCGGCGAAGAAGCCUGCAAUCCGGUCCGAAAUACUGCGUGCCGUGCUAAUCAGGGGGUUCUCUGACUCAUUGUAUGUUUCCUUCAA